AUGGCGGCUGAGUGCAGAUUCACAGUUACAUCGCUGCUUAACACAGCAGUAGUCCUGGGCGUGGGCCAGCAUGGCCAUGUCAUUCCUGGGCAUCAUGCUCGUGCUCCUGUGCUGCUCAUGCUGGAAAUACGCCAUGCACGCCCAAAGGAUCAGGUCGGCUGCCCUGCGUUCCUCGCGUCCACGUACGCAGCGGCUCUCGGAGGCCAGCACCGCCAGCCCGUCUCCAGCGCAGACACCGGCGGUCCGAGCCAGCUGGCAGGGGGAGCCGCCGCCAGUGCUGCCGGACGAGCCACCCCCUCUGUACGAGACCUGCGUGUCGGUGAUCCCCCUGCCGGCGACAGGGGAGACUACAACAGCGGCGACCCUGGCCAUACCGCCGUCGACUGCUACACUGCCGACGCCCUUGGGACGAUCUUCUGGCCAAUAGCGGAGCCCUUCUUUCUACGCUUCGGCUGUGAUUAA